AUGCACUUUUCAAAGCCACACACUCUCAUUGCACUCGCCCUCGCGGCUGGCACUGUCAGUGCUCAAGCAGCCGAUGAUGCAGAGGCCACGACCGCUGUUGCUGAGGCCACUGCUGUCGACGUCCCGGUUGUUGCUACUUCUGUUCCCGCGAAAGAAGUAAAGAUAACCACCACGGUCGGUGUUUCCGUCUCCACUACUGUGGAAGACAGACAGGAGCCUACUACAUCCACCACGACCUCUGUGGUUGUCCCCGUCUCCACUCCUGUGGAAGACAGACAGGAGCCUACUACAUCAACCUCGACCUCUGUGGUUGUCCCCGUCUCUUCUUCUUCUUCUUCUUCUUCUUCUUCUCCUUCUUCUCCUUCAGAGACCACCACCACCCAGCCGACAACCUCUCAGCCUGUCAUCCCCAACACGGAGACAAGCGCCCGUGCUGAGCCCAGCGGCAGCGCGCCUGUCGAGUCAAGCCAUCCUGCGCAGAUCACUGCCACUGCGCAUGCUUCCAGCGCCGUUAUCCCAUCCUCUGCCCCGGCCCCCCCGGCCUCGAGCGCACCGCUCAUCCCAACCGCACGUCCAGCAUCAAAGACUGUCCCUAGCUCCUCGGCGCAUGCACAAAAGACCUCUGCCCACAAUAGACCCACUUCGACAAGCUCGCAUGAGGACAACGACAAGGGUAAUGGCGAGGAAGUUGAGGAUGUCCCUCGUCCCCAGCCUCCCGCUGAUGAACUGAUCAGCCCUGGUGCCAGGCUACUCGUCCCCGGCCUUGCCAGUCUGGCCGGUUUUGCCCUGGGUUUGAUCUAUCUGGCUUGAUUUGAAUUAUCCCAUUUUCUUUGCUGAUUGCUCUACUCGCUCCAAUGGUUGGAGUCUGGCGUAAUAUAUUGAGGUUUUCCUUUUCGCAAUUUGUUUUUAUUAGGCGUUCAAAUACAAUCUUAGUCUGCAUCCCA